AUGGAAUUAUUAAGACAAGGUGAACACUUACAUUCAACCUCUAGAUCUACUUUAGAAUCAAAAUGCAGAAAAUAUAAACUUAUUAUGCAAAAUGAUGGUAAUUUAGUAUUAUAUAUUGGUAGUCUUAAAAGCCAAUCUGAUGAAUAUUGUUUAUGGUCUUCAGCUUCAUGUGGUAAGGGACAUGGUCCAUACAGACUUUCCAUGCAAGAAGAUGGAAAUCUUGUAAUUUAUGAUUCAAGAAAUUCUGCAAUAUGGGCUUCAGGAACUAUGGGUCAUGGAGUUAGAGGUCACUAUUCAAUGAAAUUAAGAUCAAGUGGUCAAAUUGUUGUUUAUGAUAAAUAUAAGCAAAUCUUAUACUCAUCAAAGCCUUGCACUAGAGACCACCUCCUUUCACUCCCUUGUGCCAAACCAUCAGGACAUCCACAAAGUGCUUAUCCACCACAACAACCUGGAUAUGGUUAUCCAGCUCAACCAGGUUACCCACCACAACCAGGCUACCCACCACAACAUGGUUAUCCACCACAACAUGGUUACCCACAACAACCAGGAUAUUAUUAA